AUGUUCCUGACGCCGAGGACAAGGUUCCUGUCGGUGAGCACAAGGUUCCUAGUGGUGAGGACAAGGUUCCUGGCGGUAAGGACAAGGUUCCUGGCCGUGACGAAAAGGUUCCUGGCGCUGACGACAAGGUUCGUGCCGUUGAGGACAAGCUUUCUGCCGUUGAGGACAAGGUUCCUGCCGGUGAGAACAAAAGUUCCUGGCGGUGAGGACAAGGUUGCAGACGGUGAGCACAAGGUUGCUGGCGGUGAGGAGAACGUUCCUGACGGUGAGGACAAGGUACCUGGCGGUGAGGAGAAGGUUCCUGGCGAAGAGGACAAGGUUCCUGGCGAUGAGGACAAGGUAUCUGGGGGUGAGGAGAUGGUUCCUGCCGGUGAGGACAAGGUUCCCGGCGGUGAGGACAAGGUUCCUGCCGGUGAAGACUAGGUUCCUGCCCGUGAGGGCAAGGUUCCUGCAGUGAGGACAAGGAUCCUGGCGGUGAGGACAAGGUUCUUGGCGGUGAGGCGAAGGUUCAUGACGCUGAGGACAAGGUUCCUGGUGAAGAGGACAAGGUUCCUGGCGGUGAGGACAUGGUUCCUUGCGGCGAGGACAAGGUUCCUGACGCUGAGGACAAGGUUCCGGUUGGUGAGGACAAGUUUCCUGUCGGUCAGGACAAGAUUCCUGGCGGUGAGAACAAGGUUCCUGGCCGUGAGGACAGGGUUCCUGCCGGUGAGGACAAGGUUCCUGCCGGUGAGAACAAGCUUCCUGGCGAUGAGGACAAGGUUUCUGGCUCUGAGAACAAGGCUCCUGGCGCUGGGGACAAGGUUCCUGAUGAAGAGGACAAGGUUUCUGGGGGUGGGGACAAGGUUCCUGGCGGUGAGAAAAAAGAUCCUGACGCUGAGGUGAAGGUUCCUGACGCUGAGGACAAGGUUACUGUCGUUGAGGACAACGUUCCUGGGGGUGAGGACAAGGUUCAUGGCGGUGAGGACAAGGUUCCUACCGGUGAGGACAAGGUUCCUGCCGGUGAGGACAAUGUUCCUGCCGGUGAGGACAAGGUUCCUGCCGGUAAAGACAAGGUUCCUGGCUGUCAGGGCAAGGCUCCUGGCGGUGAGGACAAGGUUGCCGGCGGCGAGGCCAAGGUUCAUGACACUGAGGACAAGGUUCCUGGUGAAGAGGACAACGAUUCCUGGCGGUGAGGACAAGGUUCCUUGCGGCGAGGACAAGGUUCCUGACGCUGAGGACAAUGUUCCUGACGCUGAGGACAAGGUUCCUGUCGGUGAGGACAAGGUUCCUGUCGGUGAGGACAAGGUUCCUGGCGGUGAGAACAAUGUUCCUGGCCGUGAGGACAAGGUUCCUGGCGAUGAGGUCCAGGUUACUGGCGGUGAGGACAAGGUUCCUGCCAGUGAAGACAAGGUUCAUGACGCUGAGGACAUGGUUCCUGGUGAAGAGGACAAGGUUCCUGGCGGUGAGGACAUGGUUCCUUGCGGCAAGGACAAGGUUCCUGACGCUGAUGACAAGGUUCCUGUCGGUGAGGACAAGGUUCUUGCCGGUCAGGACAAGAUUCCUGGCGGUGAGAACAAGGUUCCUGGCCGUGAGGACAGAGUUCCAGCCGGUGAGGACAAGGUUCCUGCCGGUGAGGACAAGCUUCCUGGCGAUGAGGACAAGGUUUCUGGCUCGGAGAACAAGGUUCCUGGCGCUGAGGACAAGGUUCCUGAUGAAGAGGACAAGGUUUCUGGGGGUGGGGACAAGGUUCCUGCCGGUGAGGACAAUGUUCCUGCCGGUGAGGAGAAGGUUCCUGCCGGUAAAGACAAGGUUCCUGGCUGUCAGGGCAAGGCUCCCGGCGGUGAGGACAAGGUUCCCGGCGGCGAGGCCAAGGUUCAUGACGGUGUUUCUCGCGGUGAGGACAAGAUUCCUGGCGGUGAGGACAAACCUCCUGUCGGUGAGGACAAGGUUCCUGGCGGUGAGGCCAAGGUACAUGAUGCUGAGGACAAGGUUCCUGGUGAAGAGGACAAGGAUUCCUGGCGGUGAGGACAAGGUUCCUUGCGGCGAGGACAAGGUCCCUGACGCUGAGGACAAUGUUGCUGACGCUGAGGACAAUGUUCCUGUCGGUGAGGACAAGUUUCCUGUCGGUGAGGAGAAAGUUCCUGGCGGUGAAAACAAUGUUCCUGGCGGUGAGGACAAGGUUCUUGGCGAUGAGGUCCAGGUUACUGCCGGUGAGGACAAGGUUCCUGCCGGUGAGGACAAGGUUCCUGCCGGUGAGGACAAGAUUCCUGGCGAUGAGAAUAAGGUUUCUGGCGGUGUGGACAAGUUUCCUGACGCUGAGAACAAGGUUCCUGACGCUGAGGAUAAGGUUCCUGGCGGUGAGGACAAGGUUCCUGGCGUUGAGGACAAGGUUCCUGGCGGUGAGGAAAAGGUUCCUGCCGGAGAGGACAAUGUUUCUGGCAGUGAGGACAAGGUUCGUGGCGGUGAGGGCAAGGUUCCUGGCGGUUACGGCAAGGCUCCUGGCGGUGACGCAAUGUUCCUGGCGGUGACCACAAGGUUCCUGGUGGUGAGGACACGGUUCCUGGCAAUGAGGACAAGGUUCCUGGCGGUGAGAAAAAGGGUCCUGCCGGUGAGGACAAGAUUCCUGGCAGUGAGGACAAGGUUCCUGGCGGUGAGGACAAGUUCCCGGCAGUGACGGCAAGGCUCCUGGCGGUGACGACAAGGUUCCUGGUGUUGAGGACAAGGUCCCUGGCGCUGAGGACAGGGUUCCAGACGGUGAGGACAAGGUUCCUGGCGGUGAGGACAAGGUUCUUGGCGGUGAGGACAAGGUUCGUGACGUUGAGGACAUGGUUCCUGGCGGUGAGAACUGGGUUUCUGGCAUUGAGGACAAGGUUCCUGGCGGUGAGAACUAG